AAACGAAAUUUUGGCGGAAUUUGCGUGUUUUUAAGCCACCACAGUGUUCUAGAAACGCUUACUUAAGCGAAAGUUCAUCUUUAUCCGCCCAAUCGAUAUUAAUACUUUAUGAUAAUUGCAUCAGAAAACGGGAAAAACAAGAAUUCAACUAUUGUGCCCUUGUGAUGAUAUCAUUUCUUUUGGCCCAAGACUCUGUUGACCUUUACCUUAUCUUCGAAAACAACUCGCACGAAACGAAUUUAUCGUCGUGAUAGCUUAAUACUUCCUUUGUUUUGAACAGAGCAGUCAAGAGCAAAAACUAUGAGAGUGUCAGUUCGUUUUAACGGAAAGUGGUUUGUUGUUCCAUGCGGGGAAGGCAAAACUUCAAUCCAGUGGCUUAUCGAGGAGACACUUCGACGAGCGUGCGACACACAUGACUCAGAAAAAUGUGCGAAAGAUUUCGAAGCUACUUUGGCUCAAAGUGGAGGAAGUUUGCAUCCAAAUGAUUCCAUUUAUGAAGUUCUAAACGACAGCGACUUUGUUCAUAUUUUCGAAAUUGGAGCCACAGGAGAGAAUGACCAUAACUCACCAGAUGUUAUUUUAAGUGGAAAGGUGGAAAAGGCUUUUGAACAUGAACAGUUUGUAGAGCUUGAUGGCUGUUCGUUGUCCACUGAAACUCUUGUUGCUUUGGGAAAUGGCGAGUUUAAAAUAAAGCUUUCGAAAGAAGCUGAAAAUGCGGUGAACAAAUCAAGGGGAUUAUUGGACGACAUUGUUCGAGAAAAUAAAGUGGCGUAUGGCGUGACAACGGGCUUCGGAAUGUUUGCAAGGGUAGUAGUCCCUACAGAAAAACUUGAGGAACUGCAAGAGAAUCUCAUAAGAUCGCACGCUGCAGGUGUGGGCAGACCCUUGUCAACGAAGCACACAAGGAUGCUGUUUGCUCUGAGGAUUAACGUUUUAGCGAAAGGCCACAGUGGAGUCUCAGUCAAGACGUUAGAACAGAUCGUGGCAGCCUUUAAUGAGUCGUGUCUUCCAUGGAUUCCUGAGCAGGGUACUGUGGGAGCAAGCGGCGACUUAGCCCCUUUAGCUCAUCUGGCGCUUGGUUUACUGGGGGAGGGGCAGAUGUGGAGUCCUAAAAGUGGCUGGGCGGACGCGGCUUUGGUCCUAAAGGCUUAUGGAUUGGAGCGUUUACAGCUGCAACCUAAAGAAGGACUUGCUCUGAUUAACGGUACUCAGCUGAUAACGUCUCUUGGUGCUGAAGCCGUGGAACGUGCUCGAAUGAUUGCGAGGCAGGCCGACAUAAUUGCCGCCAUGUCGCUUGAAGUAUUGAAGGGAACUACACGAGCCUUUGAUGUUUUAAUCCAACAAGUGCGCCCACACGUUGGCCAGCGUCGAGUAGCUGAGAGACUGCGCUCUCUUCUUCAUUCAAGUGUGUAUCCGUCAGAGAUUGCAGGCAAUCACAGGUUCUGCAACCGCGUCCAGGACGCGUACACUUUACGCUGCUGUCCGCAGGUCCAUGGGAUCGUGAAUGACACCAUCGAUUUCGUACAGGAUGUGAUCACAACAGAAAUGAACAGUGCCACAGACAACCCAAUUGUCUUUGCUGAUCGGGGCGAGAUCUUGUCCUGCGGAAACUUUCAUGGUGAAUAUCCGGCCAAGGUGUUAGAUUAUCUGGCAAUAGGUGUCCAUGAGUUGGCUAACAUGAGCGAAAGGAGAAUAGAACGACUCGUAAAUCCAGCCCUGAGUGAGCUCCCAGCAUUUCUUGUUAAGGAAGGAGGUUUCAAUUCCGGUUUCAUGAUGGCACACUGUACGGCUGCAUCUCUAGUUUCAGAGAAUAAAGUCCUUUGCCACCCCUCCUCAGUUGAUUCGUUGUCCACAUCUGCUGCCCAAGAGGAUCACGUGUCUAUGGGAGGAUUUUCCGCCAGAAAAGCUCUUAACGUGGUUAAAAAUGUUGAAAAAGUCCUUGCUAUUGAAUUGUUAGCGGCUUGUCAAGGAAUCGAGUUUUUGCGGCCAUUGAAGACAACAGAACCAUUAGAAGCUGUUCACUCAUUGGUUCGGAAAGUUGUAAAGCCGUGGGACAAAGACCGUUUCAUGGCGCCCGACAUAGAGGCUGUGUUGAAGCUUGUGAAGAAAGGAAAGAUCUGGGAAGUGGCGUCACCAUUUAUGACGCAUUACCAAAGCACCACCAGAUGUCAACAGGAGCUCCCAACUAACAUUAUGUCUCCUACUGCAAGUACUCUAUCGGUUGACACUCCUCCCCUUAAGAAGAUCAAGCUAAAUAAGGAAUGAAAUGGACGCUUACCAGCGUCGUGUGCGUUGCGUAUAGUGGAAAUGCUUUCUUCUUCUUUUGUGAUCAAAUCACAGAUAACUUGUAAAUAUCAUUACUUGCUGCCUCUGAUUUUAAUGCGCCGUUUAGCGUGUGAGGCGAAAAAAAUUGGAAAUAUACAGAGCAAAAAGCGGACAGGGGCAUGCGCUCUCAGUAAUUUAGCAAUAUACUUUAUUCGCGUUCUCGUUGGUCCCUUUUGGUCAUGUGUUAGAUUGCACUCUCGGUGCUGGCCAAAAGAUAAGCAGGCUCUGAAGACGAGAUUGACAUCGCAUAGCAAACUACAUGUUAAUUGAAUAUUUUGUUGUGAUGUCUUAGACAUUACUUGGUUUUGUCUACUUGUGCAUCGGUUUCGAGUAAUUUAGAAUGUUUUCAAAAUUCAUUUACAGGCGAGAAAUAUAGUCUUAUGGAAAAUAUUAAUUUAUUUUAAAAUUGAAUGAAGAAUUCUCAUUUAUUUACUCAAUUCUUGACUUCUAGGUUGAGUUAAUUCUCAAGUCGCAAGAAAAAUAUCUGAAUCGUAG